UAGUUAGUGGUAGUAAGUAGUUAACCUUAUGACGAAGUAAUCACCAAAUUAAGGCCAUGCAUGGACGUCUCCUCUUCCUCUUCGUAUAUAUAUACCACACGACAGCGGUUGCAUCCAUCCAUCGAUCAGAGGAGGCAUCAUGAAGGCGUCCAUGGCGUUCACCGUCCUCGCGCUCGCCGUCGUCGCCGUCUCCGGUGCGGCGGCGGCGUGGACCACCACCUUCACCAUGCACAACCUCUGCCCCUACACGGUCUGGCCGCUCGUCACCCCCAACGCCGGUCAGCCCGCCAUCAUCACCGGCGGCGCCACCAUCCGCCUCGACCCCAACGGCCUCGCCAGCCUCGCGUUCCCGGCCGCCGCCGGGUGGUCGGGCCGCGUCGUGCCGCGCACCGGCUGCACCGGGGCGGCCACGUGCGCCACCGGCGACGCGCCGCCGGCCACCGUGGCGCAGGUGAGCGUGAACGCGGCGGGCGGGCUGGCGGAGUACAGCGUGAGCCUGGUCGACGGCUUCAACGUGCCGGCGACGAUCACGCCGCACGCGUUCGACGGGAGCCAGACGUGCCCGGUGCUGGGGUGCGCCGCGGACAUCAACGCGGCGUGCCCCGCGGACGCCAGGGUCGGCGCCGGGUGCAGGGCCUCGCCGCAGUUCUUCAAGGAGAUCGCGUCGACGUUCAAGUCGCCGGUGUUCAUCGGCCUCCUGGCCGUCAUGUGCGUCGCCGUCGUGCUCCUGCUGCACCACUGCGUCCUCGUCACCUUCUGCGACACCAGGAGGCGCCGUCGACGCCGACGCCGCCGGGGCACCUCCACGCAGCAGCAGCACGUGCAGCAGGGGGAGGACGACGACGACGACGACGACGAGGACGACAUGAUGAGCUCGUCGUCGCAGGCGAAGCUGGUGGUGUGCCCGUACAAGAAGGCGGAGGAGUGGGGCGAGGCGAUGUGCCCGGUGUGCCUGUCGGAGUUCGGCGACGGCGAGGCGGUGCGCGUGCUGCCGGAGUGCAUGCACUACUUCCACGUGGACUGCAUCGGCACCUGGCUCCGCGCCAACACCAGCUGCCCGCUCUGCCGCGCCGACACCACGCCCAGCUCCGGCGAUCUCCACCACCACCUCUCCAUCUCCGUCUCCCUAGAAGAAAUCCUAGUGCGCACCUAGCACCCACUUCACCACCGCGAUAUUAUAGCUGUGGGCGGGCGGCUCGCCGGCCUAACCAAAUGGCUGGCUGGUGCCGUAGCGGAGUGUAAGCAGCUGCUCUGCUUCAGUUUUUGGAGGGAGAUGCAGAAAUGAAAUUCGUUUUUUGCCUGGAUU